CCCGCCCAGACUCGCCGCCUCCAGUAAAGCACAGCAAAAGUCACUGCUCUGCUUCCUUCAUGCAACCAAACCCGACAGGCAGCGAGAGGCAGAAGGGCGCAGAGAAGCGUCGGGGAGGUAAAACGAAACCUCUGAGGCAGUCUGAAGGCGGGAGGUGGCGAGCUAAGAUGAUUAAUUAGUAAAAUAAAGGCCUCGGCAACCGGACACCAGACCUGAUCUUGGCUUGGGGCUCACAGGCCACCGCACGAGGAGGAUUUGGUUUUCCAGCGGAGGCCAGUUGCAAUAGGCUGCUGCACCAGAGAGGCAGCUCUGUGCACACUGGAAACCCAGGAUCCAAUUGGUGGAGAACCAGGAGGGGAGCCCCGGCCUUUUUCCCCCUACUGCAGGAGGAAGGAGCGGAGCGGAGGCAACCGAGAAGAAACGCCGCUGCCAAGCCAGCAGUAGCAGCAGCAGCCUGCGCAGUUCGAGCCGAGGCAGAGGAAACAGCCUCCUCUUCCUCUCCGUGACAGGAGCGAGUGAGACACAACUGCGCACCCGACUCUGCAGGAUGCGCCGGCGUAGCUGCGUAGUUUCUUAGAAAUAAAACACAAGCAUAUCCGGACCUGACAGCGUGUCGGUGUUUUAGAGGCCUUUUUUAAAAAAUAACCACAGCUCUGAAAUUCGCUUUUCAUCGCCGACUCCUUGCAAUUGUGUCUCCCUGAAAAGCCCGAGCUGCGCUGAGGCCAUGUAGCGGACAUGGGAAAUGUAAACAGUAGUCGGGCUGGAUUUUAAACUACGCACAAGUCCCACGUCCUCCCCCGCCUCCUUCUCCUCCUCCUCCCCCUCCACCCGGGUUGUCCGAGAUGGAGAUGGAGAUGGAGAUGGAGAGGGUCGAGCCGGAGCAGGAGGGAGCAGAGCCGCCCAUCCACAGCAUCCACGGACCCAACCGGAUCAGACCGUCCUCCUACCGGGCUCUGCGCAGCGCCGUGUCCAGCCUGGCCCGCAUAGAUGACUUCAUCUGCGAGAAGAUUGGUGCAGGGUUCUUCUCAGAGGUGUUCAAGGUGCAGCACCGAGUGUCCGGCCAGGUGAUGGCACUGAAGAUGAACACCAUGGCGAGUAACAGAGCCAACAUGCUCAGGGAGGUCCAGCUCAUGAACCGACUCUCGCACCCCAACAUACUCAGGUUUAUAGGAGUGUGUGUCCAUGAGGGACAGCUCCACGCUCUCACAGAGUAUAUCAAUGGUGGCAACCUGGAGCAGCUGUUGGACAGCGAUGUGUAUUUGUCGUGGAACGUCAGGAUCAGCCUGGCCCUGGACAUCGCCCGGGGACUGCAGUACCUCCACAGCAAGGGCAUCUUCCACCGGGACCUCACCUCCAAGAACUGCCUGGUGCGCUGGGAGAGCGGUGUGUGCACGGCCGUGGUGGGGGACUUUGGCCUGGCGGAGAAAAUCCCAGAGUACAGCGAGUCAGAGGACCAGGAGCCCCUGGCUGUCGUCGGCUCCCCCUACUGGAUGGCUCCAGAAGUGCUGAGAGGAGAAGUUUAUAAUGAGAAGGUGGAUGUGUUUGCAUACGGCAUCAUCCUGUGUGAGAUUAUUGCGAGGAUACAGGCCGACCCCGACAUCCUGCCACGCACCGAGGACUUUGGUCUGGAUGUGGAGAACUUCCAGCACAUGGUGGGAGACUGUCCUCCUGACUUCCUGGAACUGGCCGUCACAUGCUGCAAUAUGAACGCAACGCGCCGUCCGUCCUUUUCCCAGAUCGUAGUGGAGCUGGAGAGGAGAGAGUCUGAGAGAGCACAGAAAGACCAGCCAGUAGUCAAGCGUGAGUCAUCAGGUGAUGUUACCCCAGAAAUCGGGCCCCUGCGCAGGGGAUCUCUGUGUCUCCUGACCGAUCUGCGCCUCUGCCGCAGCAAAUCAGACAUGCUGCACCCCCCGGCCACACCUCCCUCCACGACUUUAGCACCUCCCACCCGGAUCAACCCAUUCUCUCAGCGGGAGGACCUCAAGGGGGGGAAGAUCAAGCUGUUCGACACCCCCAGCAAGUCGGUCAUCUCCCUGACCUUCACGCUGCCCCCGCCUCAGGACCCCUACAGCAGCCCGUCUUCAUCGGAGGCCGAGGGCAAUGAGCCGCCCAGGAGGCACAGGCGCUGCCAGUCGCUGCCCUGCACCCCCCCGCCUCACCUCACGUCGGCACCAAAUACCGUCCUCACUGAGGACAAGGAAUCUCCGUCUCAAAUGGACACUGUGAACGGUGCGAGCGAGGAAGAGAGACUGAUGUCAGGUGAGGAGGAGGAGGAGGAGGCCGGAGAGAGGAAGAGCGCGACCAACCCGACAGGCGACUCAGGUCUCCCUCUGUCCUUUGAACCUGUGACGCUGGAACUGCUGGACCAAAAGAAAGACAACGAGGAGGAGGAGGAGGAGGAGGAGGAGGAGCUCAUGGACUGCACCAGCUCCCCAGACACACAAGACAGCGCCUCGUCGUCUUACUCCAAACUCUCCCCUCCUCCGUCCCAAUCCUCGACCCCCUUCCAACCCUCAACUCCUCCUUUUACAAAUGGCUGGGGGUCCGCCAUCUCCAACGGGCCUCCUUGCCUGCCGCCCCUCUCUCAUUUGGAGAACAACAACGUGGUCAUCAGUCGACCCCUGGGCUGGGGCAGCAACAGCACCACCAACGGCUACCACUCCCCAAACGACGACGAUCCCGCCGGCCCAUCGCCGUUCGGCUCCGACAGCGGCCACUCCUUAGACCAGGAGGAGGUGAUCUCCUGUCCCGGCUGCUGCUUGGCCGGCCUCCGCUUCCCGUCCCUGUGUCUCAGAGCUCCACCGCGCAGAAACCCCUACAAGAACCUGAACGGGGACCACGCCGCGUCUCACGGGCUGCUCUGCCCGGGACCCAAGGGCCUGCCGCCCUCCCCGACCCCCACAACCACCACCACCAGCCUAGAGCCGGGACUCACCCUGCCUGGGGCGCAAACAUAGACGCCCACCCCCGACCUUGACACCAAAUACACCAGGAAUCUCCCAGAAAAGAGGCUCGGUUCGCCCGCCGCCCGCGUGGACGUCUGCACCGAUAGCUCUGCCCUGGAAAUUAGCGGGUUUUCUAACAAAUUUGCACAGAUUUUAAUCCAGCAAUACCCCGCUAAUUUUCCAGACAUGCAUUUUGGUGCAGAUGGGACACACACAAACACACACACACACACAUACAUACACAGACUGGAGAGGGCAGCGCUCCAAGUGUCUAAUGCUGGAUUUGCUCGUUUAAAACACUCCUACGCUUUCCCAUACGCUAAAUUGGAAGAACUGCCCGUGGUGAAGGGAUAGAGACUCACUCCAGCUGUAAUAACGAGCUGGUGGCUUUGCUGGCCUCUUGUCGUUUGGCGCCCUCUGCUGGGCUGGAGGCGUUGCAGCUUCAGAUGUCAGCUGUGCCUGUGCAGGUCUGACUGAUAGUAUGCAGUGACAAUUGAGCAUGAAAACACUCCCCUGUCCCGUCCGGUCAGCUGGAUCCUGUAUAUUCCCUGAUGUAAAGAAUCUUUUUGACUGAUGAUGAUGAUGAUGAUGAUGAUGCUGAUGAUGCUACGAUGAGGAAUGUUUAUGCCUAGUAUUACUGUUGCAAUGAUUUUUAACAUUUGAUGCUGUUGGAAUGAAAGGGCAGUUUUGCUUGGUUCUUUCAUUUUCAAGAGGUGUAUGGUGCACUGUGGAUAGACGUGUGUGUGUGUGUGUGUGUGUGUGCGUGCGUGUGUGUAUAUAAAGCAGGAAAUGUUGGAAUGCGUGCAUAAGAAGGUGUGGUAGAUGCAAGUUGUGACAGUGAAUGGGUUGUGUGUGGAUGAGCAAGUGUGGAAGCGUGUGUGUGUGUGUGUGUGUGUGCCGCACAUCACCCUCACGACUGUUUUUGUUGCUGUAUGAUCUCUCCAUUGGCCCUUCAGGCUGCCUGGUAAAGCACUUCAACUGUAUUACUGUUGUUGUUAAUAAGGAAACUAUUGAUAUCAUUAAUACUUUUAAGUAUGAAAUACGGUCAAAGACCUGCUUCGACAGAGUUGUACAGAUUCUUAUUAUUUAAAGAUGGCAUUGAAUAAAAAGAUGGACUGCA